UCAGCUACAACGCGAGCAUCAGCGCGUGCGAGAAGGGCAAGCAGUGGCAGCGGGCUUUGGCGCUGCUCGUAGAGAUCUGGGAGGCGAAGCUGGAGCCCAGCGUCAUCUCAGCUACAACGCCGGGAUCAGCGCGUGCGAGAAAAGCAAGCAGUGGCAGCGGGCUUUGUCGCUGCUCGGCGAGAUGUGGAAAGUGAGGCUGGAGCCAGUUGUUAACAGUUACAACGCUGCGAUAAGUUCGUGUGAGAAGGGCCUGCAGUGGCAGCGGGCUCUGUCGCUGCUCAGCGGGAUGUUGGAAGUGAGGCUGGAGCCAACUGUUAUCAGCUACAGUGCUGGGAUCAGUGCGUGCGAGAAAGGCUUGCAGUGGCAACAAGCUUUGGCGCUGCUUAGCGGGAUGUGGGAAAUGAUGAUGGAGCCAACUGUUAUCAGCCACAACGCUGCGAUCAGCGCAUGCGGGAAAGGCGAGCAGUGGCAGCGAGCUCUGGCGCUGUUGAGCGAGCUUUGGACAGUGAAGCUGGAGCCCCACGUCACCAGCUACAGUGCUGGGAUCAGCGCGUGCGAGAAGGGGAAAUCAGUGGCAACGGGCUUUGGCGCUUCUGGGCGAGAUGCGGGCGGCAAAGCUGGAGGCUCGCGCCAUCAGCUACUGCGCUGGGAUCUGCGCGUGUGAGAGAUGUGGCCAGUGGCGGCAGGCAUUGUCACUGCUCGGCGAGAUGUGGGAGAGCAGUUUGGAGCUUGAUCUAGUCGUUAACAAUUUGGUAAUCACAUCGUGUGAAAGGUCUUCUGGCGAUUUGGCAGGAUUUCCGGGCUCCCUUCAGAUCGGUCUUUUGCGCUUUCGAGCAUCUCACGAUGCAAGAUGCGUGUGCGAUCAUGCCAGGCAACCACCAUGAUAGCUUGAACGGACAUCAUCUUCUCUAGAACUUGUCAGUGGCCAAUUCAUCGCACAGGAAGCAGUCUGGGAUACCGUUCCAUGCGUCUGUUCUUGUCACGCGUAUCGCAGGGAUGAGCGCGCCAGAACAAGGCGAGCAGUGGCAGCGGGUUGUGGCGCUGUUCAUUGGGAUGUGGGAGGCGAAAUCGGAGCCCGACGUUGGUUAAUUAUUCAAUGACUGACAGGGUUGGCCAUGGCUGGCUGGCCGGCGUGCGCCCGCGCUGGAUUAGCACGGCUUCAAGGGCCACGGCGCCAAGCACACGGGUGUAGCAGCGGUCGCGCGGAGCUUGGAGCCUCUUGAUCAUGGGCGGCACGGGCGCAGCAGAGACCGUCAGCAUUUCACCACACAGCUGGUGCCACCGCUGGGCAAACACUUUUGAGCUCCCUGACCACCACCUCGACCACGCCGGGCACCGGGCACCGAGAUCGGGCACGGCCACGGCCUGGCGCUGCGAUGCGGCUGGUGGCGCUUCCCGAGGCCCGAGCUCUCCCGCGGAGGCACCGCGAUCGGCCACGGCCUGGGCCCUCCGCCAGAGGCAGGCCGCCUGCCUAUCCGCUCCUCCUCCCCCUGCGGAUCCUGCUCGUGCACGGGGGAGCUCCCUGCGCAUCGCUUGCGCGGCGUUCGGGCCGGCACGGGCAGAGCGAGCGAACCCUCGGGCCCGGCGCAGGGGAACCGAGACACUCGACUGGACGCAGGAGUGACCUUAUAACCGAUCGAGGAUCCGCCGGGCGAAGAUGCUCGGCGCGAGUGUGCGCAGGCGCCGCACCGAAGCAGCGCGGGCCCGAGGGGGACCGCAGGCGCGCCUGGGCCCUCGGCGUGGUCCGCCGUGCCGCCGGGUCGGCGGCCCGCAGGCCGAGGUCCGCUCCCUCCUGGCACCGUGGGCCCCCCGCGGGCCUGCGCGGCGGCGUCCCCAGGGCGGCGGGAGGCGAGGAGGUGGUCGCCCCAUGGAGGAUGUGGAGAGGUGAUCGCCCCUCCUUUGGAG